ACCAAAGUAAAAUAAAACAAAUAUAUCACACUCUCUUCUUCUUUAGUAAAGACUACUGUGUUAUACUAAAAUGAACUGAGAGAGAAACAACUAAAAACGAUGUUUAGCCGUGAGAUUUUCAACUUCUUGGUCAAGAAAGACGUUAGAAAAAUUCUGAAGCGCAAGGAUAGUGAUGCUGGCGAAAGAGGGAGGGCUCUGGAAGAGCUGCAAGCCUCUCUGUUUAAUAGAUUUCGGUCGUCUGAGGGUGCCAAGCGUCACGAACAACGUCUAUGUGGCCCAAUUGCUGCUCUUACAUUCAAUUUUGUGGUUGCAGUCUGCAUUAUUUUCGUGAACAAAUGGGUGCUUAAAAAUAUUGGGUUCCACUUCCCAAUCUGUCUCAGCUUUAUUCACUAUGUUGUGAGCUGGACCUUGAUGGCCAUUUUAAAUGCUUUUGGUCUUCUCCCAGCAUCGCCUGCCUCAAAAUCAAGCCGUUUAUCUUUAUUAACUCUUGGUUUUGUUAUGUGCUUUUCUACCGGCCUUGCUAAUGUUAGCUUGAAGUACAAUAGUGUGGGAUUUUAUCAGAUGGCCAAGAUUGCUGUUACACCAUCCAUAGUUUUGGCAGAAUUUUUAUGGUACAGAAAGAAAGUUUCUCUCUUAAAGGUGGUUACACUUACUGUUGUGUCCAUUGGUGUUGCUGUUGCUACUGUAACUGAUCUGCAAUUUAGUCUCUUUGGUGCUUGUGUGGCAUUGGCAUGGAUAAUUCCAAGUGCAACUAACAAGAUACUUUGGUCCGAUAUGCAACAACGAGAAAAUUGGACAGCCUUGGCGUUAAUGUGGAAGACAACACCAAUCACUGUGCUAUUCCUUGUUUCUUUAAUUCCUAUCUUAGAUCCCCCUGGUGUCCUCUCCUUUGACUGGAACCUCACUAACACAUUGGCGAUUCUUAUGUCUGCUUUUCUUGGCUUCUUGCUUCAGUGGUCUGGUGCUUUAGCUCUUGGGGCAACAUCAGCUAUCUCUCACGUAGUCCUCGGACAAUUCAAAACCUGUGUUAUACUUCUUGGAAAUUACUACCUGUUUGGUUCGAAUCCAGGCACAACCAGCAUUUGUGGAGCGUUUGUAGCAAUUGCGGGUAUGACUUUCUACACGUACCUUAAUUUAUACAAUAAGAAGCAACAAUCAGGUAAAGCAUCUCCAAGAAAUGGUUCCAGUUUACCAAAAUCAAAAUUGAGCAAAGAAAAUGGGGAAAACCAUGAUGGUUAUGGUACUGAAUCUGUUUAACAAUAUGCAUAUCACUUCACGAGCAAUGAGAAAUUUCUUCACAAACUUUAGGAUCAUUCAUUCAUAAUCCUUAAACCAUUUCUAGGAUACUUUGCUUAUGUUUUAUCUGAGUUUAGUUAAUUUUAGUUUAGAUCUAACCGUAGGUUAAAGUGCUUUUAUGUAGAUCGUGGAGUUGUUUGCUAAUCUCUUUUUUGGGCUGAAUCAUUGUACAUGUAAAUUAUUUGAGAGAUUGUUUCCACAGAUGCAAGCAAAUUUAUCACACUCUUUCAUAUAUGUAUUUUUUUGUGCCUUAUUCAUUUUACUUUUCU